CUCCCGUCUCGCGCCACAACGCCUCGUUCUCUCCGUGCGCUGCCGCCCCCACCUCGACGUUGUUGCCCGGCGGCCCCGGCCUCGCUCCACUCUGCGGCCGCACCACCAUGUAGCUGCAAGACCCACCCUAUCUCCGUGCGCCCCUCCCCGAUCCUUCUUCUUUGGCUCCCCCGCGCCGCCGCCAAGGAUAGCAGCCCGUCGCCGCCGCGGGAGCCGAUGCUCCUCCAAGGCCCCGCGCUCUUCGAGAGGCUCAUCCCGCAACUCAUGGAGGUGCCACAGCUCCGCCUGCGCGCAACGGAGCAGCCAUCCCGAAACCUCGCUCUGCCAUCCAUGGAGGAGCUUUGGAGUCCACAUCGGUGUUGCGCAGGGCACACCCGAGCAAGAAGGCGAGUGGGGCAGACGCUGCGCAGUUCCCUCCCGUCCCUGUUCUAGUUCCCAUGCCGCAGAGUGCACCAGCUAGUGGCCCAAAUGCAACGGGUGAUGUUGGCAUGGACGACGCCCACCACCUGCUCGACCAAAUUCCUCCAAGUGAUCCAAUGGCUAGUGGUGGUUCCUUUGUGGGUAUGCUGAGUGAUGAUGUUGGUAUAGAUGAGCGCCAAAGUCCAAGUGGUGUGCUGUACCAAGGGCAUGUGAGUAAUUGAUCCCUUGCUAAUUUUCAUCGCGAUUGCUCAUAAUAUAUUGCUAACAUAAUAUAUUGCUAACUAAUACUUGCUCAAUUUGGUAGACGUGCUGAGCUAGAGUAGCUUCUUUGUUGUCCCAGCAUGUGGUCUGAUCUAAUUUGAUUGAAAUAAAAAAUAGGCUAUCGCCAUAUAUAUUGGAUAUACACAUUGCUGAUGUUUCUGCACUGCAAUAUGAAAAAGUCAUAUCGUUUAGUUCUACCAUAUUGUUGUCAUAUUCAUGUGUGAGUUAAUCAGGACGUUUAAUUAUUUUUCCUUUUUGUGCAGAUGAAUUCACUUCUUGAUUUGUUUUUUGACGAUGAGUCCGAUGAGUCUGAUGAUGACUUCGAGAUGGCAGCAGUUUUGAUUGCUGAGAUGGAGAGGAAUAAGCAGCCCAAGCAUGGUGGUUCCAUGCAAGGGCGUGAGGCGACGGUUCAGGAUGUCUAAGGCGUUAUUCUUGCGAAUUGCAGCCGCUGUGGAGGCUCAUUGUCCAUAUUUCUAGCAGAAAAGGAAUGCUGCUGGGGACCUUGGACAUAGUUCUCUUAAGAAGAUUACUGCAGCACUGCGCAUGCUCGCUUAUGGUGUUCCUGCUGAUUCUCUUGAUGAUUGGCUUCAUAUUGCAGAAAGCACUAUUAUUCUGAGUUUGAAGAAGUUUGUGAAAGCAGUGAUUGAAAUCUAUGGACAGCGAUACUUGCGAGCACCAGAUGCAGAGGACACUGCAAGACUUAUGCAAAUGGGUGAAGCAAGGGGGUUCCGUGGUAUGCUUGGAUCCAUCGAUUGCAUGCACUGGAAGUGGAAAAAUUGUCCCGCAGCAUGGCAUGGGCAGUUCACUGGACAUUGUCAUGAUCCAACGAUUAUUCUUGAAGCUGUUGCAUCAUAUGAUCUAUGGUUUUGGCAUGCAUACUUUGGGUUGCCUGGCUCUCACAAUGACAUUAACGUCCUGCAAAGGUCCCAUUUGUUUGCACGGCUAGCUACUGGCGAUGCUCCACCAGUAAACUUUGAAGUCAAUGGCCAUCACUACACAAUGGGGUACUAUCUUGCAGAUGGCAUAUAUCCUUCAUGGUCCACAUUUGUCAAGACAAUAAGAAACCCCCAGGGUAACAAGAGAGCGCACUUUGCCCAAGCUCAAGAAGCAGCUAGGAAGGACAUUGAAAGAGCAUUUGGGGUGUUGCAAUCAAGGUUUGCAAUUGUCCGUGGACCUGCAAGAUUUUGGGACCAAAAGACCCUGGGGCGUAUCUUGACAGCAUGUGUGAUCAUGCAUAACAUGAUAAUAGAGGAUGAGAGAGGCCAACCGGAAGACUUCAACUAUGAGCAUGUGGGAACACGUGUGGUCCCUGAGAAGGAUGAGAACCGGAUCAAGAGAUUUCUCGAAGUGCAUCGCAAGAUUGAAGAUAGAGAGGCGCAUGAUCAACUCCGUGAUGACCUUGUUGAACAUUUGUGGCAAGUUCAUGGACAAUAGUUUUCUUCUCGUUGGAUUAGGAUUAUCUAGUUUAUUGUUUGCUUAUUUUCUACAAAGGGCAUUCACCAAGGUUAAGAAUUGUAGCAGUUCUCCAAAUAACCUUGAUGAACAUUGUGGUUUGCUACUGCCUGCUACUAGGUUGUACUGCUUUUUUUUUUGGGAAAAAACACUUGCCGACCUGCUGUUUGGAA